AUGGGAUUAUGUAACUUGAAGGAGGUAGGUGAGGCCCUCGAUGUUGUACGUGAUUAUGUCGGAGUGUUUGAAAAUGAUGGUGUGGCAAAGAGAGGCAACUUCAGGGGCCUGGUUGUGCAGCUGGGAGGAAGCCUGAGGAAUAAGGAUCAGCUCCCUGCAUUGUACAUGAAGGCAGGCAUUGAGUUCCCGCAUGUAAUGGGUGCCCACAUAAUGGGAGCACACAUCAGAGAGGAGUGCCGGCUGCAACAAGGAAUAAGGUCAGUGGCAUACAAGGUCAAGAAGAACAGCCAAGAUCAGGAUGACGGCCCCAAAAUCUGCACUUUAAAAAAAGUCGUCACCGGCAGCUCCCAUGCUUCAGCGAGCACAGAUACUGUUAAAAAGACCCUGGCAGGAUGGCCAGGAAACAUCACCACCCGAGUGGGACUAGUUAAGCCUGAAGUCAGCCACAUAAUUCCUGCACAUAACAACUACACUGCCAGCUUUAUCUGCAAAGAUGUACAGGAUCGCCUUUUGUCGGUGUCUCUGAGGAAGCGGUAUUCAGAAGAUUAUUACAUCCAGGCUGUUAAUGAGGUACAGAACUGCACUUGGAAAAAAAGACCCCAAGAAUGUAGCCGAUUCAGACUCUUCCUGUCUUCGUGCUGCAAUGCCGCUAAUAACUUCAUCGUCUCUCAGAACAAUACCUCGCUGGGAAGUAACAUCACGUAUGAGGUGGAAACCAAAAAGAACAUUUUAAUCGCCGAGGACAUUUACAGAAUGCUGCCUAAGUCACAGCCCUUUGAUGGAAUUCCCUUCAAGCAAUGUGCUGUAGUUGGCAACGGUGGAAUACUAAAGAACAGCAGCUGCGGAGCCAAAAUCGACCAGUCAGAUUUUGUCUUUCGAUGUAACCUCCCACCUAUUUGGGGUAACGUUAGUGUUGAUGUUGGAAAUAGGACGGACCUUGUCACAGUGAAUCCUAGCAUCAUUGCUUUAAAAUAUGGAAAACUCAAUGACAUGAAAACUGCCUUUCUGAAAAACCUCACCAGUUAUGGGUACUCGUCCCUGUUGUUACCUGCAUUUUCCUAUAGCAGUAACACAGCCAUCUCUUUCGAAGUCCACCACUUACUGAAGAAAUACCAAGCUAAGCAGAAAGCUAUAUUUUUCCAUCCCAACUACCUUAAAAGCCUUGCUCAGUUUUGGAGAGGGAGGGGAGUUCGGGCCUACCGUCUGUCCACCGGAUUUAUGAUAACCAGUGCAGCCAUAGAACUCUGCCAGGACGUCACACUGUAUGGAUUCUGGCCUUUCUCUAAGAACCAGGACGGGAAACCUAUCAGCCACCACUACUAUGACAACCAGCUACCAAAGCCUGGCUUUCACGCCAUGCCCAAAGAGUUUUAUCAAGUCCUUCAACUCCAUCAUAAAGGAGUUCUGAAGCUUCAAAUUGGUGAAUGCGAGAAGAGAUGAGAAACUGAAAGUCUUAAUUUUUUAACUUUUUCACAUGGUAUACUGCUGU